AUGAUGACAAGGAGAGUAGCACAUUACUACCCUUUCUUGAUCGCUUUUCUAAUGAUCUUGAUUCCUCCUACCUUUGGUUUAUGGAGGCUGUCCGUAGAUAACGAAACCAUUAUAUCCCCGGGGAAUGUUUUCGAGCUCGGUGUGUUUAGAGGCACAUCAAGUUUUUCAGGGAGCGAGUAUUACUAUCUGGGAAUAUGGUUCAAAAGGUUCCCGAGGAUAAUAGUAUGGGUGGCAAACGGAGAUACGCCUCUAUAUAAUUCCACAGCUUUUUUAAAGAUAUCCGGUUCUCAUCUCUACCUCCUCAAUGUUACCGGUGGCCUCGUUUGGCAAGCUAACGCAACAAUACAAGAUCCGUUCAGUGGAGAAUCGGUGGUUGCAGAGCUUCUUGAUAGCGGCAAUUUUGUGGUGAGAUACGCCAACAACAGUAAACCAGAUGGUAUUUUGUGGCAGAGUUUCGAUUACCCCACGGAUACGCUUCUUCCCGGAAUGGAACUCGGCUUAUUUCUCCAAGGGGCAUUCCAACGCAAAAGCUUGACAUCGUGGGCAGGUCCAGGAGAUCCCGCGAAUGGACGUUUCACCUACGGAGUAGAUACAAGAAAAGAUAAUUUCCUGGAGUCUUUAAUAUAUGAUGAAUAUUAUGUGGAAACUGCUCGUCUCGAACCGAGCUACGCUAAGAUAUUCAGAACGUACAGCAAUAACCAGAGAGUGAGCUGCAGUCUCCGAACGAGUAUUAACGCCAGCUACUACGCAGCGUUAAGAUUGUCGUACGACGGUGUAUUACGUUGGUGGGAGUGGAGUCCCAAAGCUCGAGAAAUGAAUUCACUAUGGGUGUUACCAGAUGAAGAUUGUGAUAAGUACAAUGAAUGUGGACCAAACGCACGCUGUUUCAUGAGCCCAUUAAAGGCUUGUGAGUGCUUAGAGGGAUUUCACAUGAGUCUGAGUGACGGAAAGGAGAUGGGAUACGUUCAGAAUGGGUGUUUGAGGAAAUCGCAGCUCAACUGCAGCGUCAAUCAUGUAUUUCGUAAGCUCCCUAAUGCUAAGCUUCCCCGCAUUGAUGACGAUAAUAUGGUGGAGAUGAGUCUUGGUUUAGAGCAAUGUCAGGAGAAGUGCCUCAAGAACUGCAGCUGUACGGCGUUCGCCAACAUGGAGAUACCAAACGGCGGGUCUGGUUGCGUCACGUGGGUUGGAGAUUUGAACGAUAUUCGCACUUACCAGCAGCAGCUGCUGGGUCAAGACUUUUAUCUCAAAGUCGUGCCUACCCAUCUCGUCGGUUAG